UUUUGUUUUCAUAUUUAUUUCAGAUUUUUCACCAAUAUAUUCCUUGGAAUAAUUCGGAAAACUUUUACCGGCAUAAUGGAUGCCGCUAAUUUAUUGAGUGUAGACGUGGACACUCUGUUCGAACACCACAGUGUUCCAGAAAUUGAUAUCGUCCAUAAAAAAAUUCAAUCGGUUGUCGAAAACAAACGGGAGGAGCUACGCUUAAUGGUCGGCGAACGUUAUCGUGAUUUACUGCAGGCUGCAGAUACUAUUGUGGCUAUGAGAGAUACCUCACAGAGACUCACAGAGCAAGUGGAUUCAAUUUCCAUGAACUGUCGUAAUCUUAACGAUCAGCAGUUAUUGGGAUUUAAGAUUAGCGAACCGGAAGAUUUACUUCGCAAUCGCAAUGCUAAUAAGCAACUAAAUAACUACUUUAGUACAAUGCUGCAGAUCAAGCUGUUGACAACUUUACCUGAAUUAAUUUGGACUCACAUUGAUAAUGACCGCUUUUAUAGCGCCAGUGAAUUGUUUAUUUUCAGUAGACAUGUCAGCACUGGCUUACAGUUAGAUGCGAGUAAUAUGUUAAUGCAACAUCUACCUGUUGCAAAAAAGCAAUGGGAAAUUUUAAAACCCUUCAAUAUGACGAUAAAAAUGCAUGUACUGGCAACCUUAGAAAAGGAAGAUUUGAAUGUCAAUGUGGCCACAGAUUGUUUGCUUAGUUUGUUGAUACUGGAAAAAAAUUCAUUGAAUAGUGUUUUGAAAACGUUUCUAAAUUUACGAUGCAAAACUUUUUUAAAUUGCUUGAGCAAUGAUAAAAAACAGUCUACGGAAGAGCGGGAACGAGUACAAAAUAUAAUAUUAGCGAGCUUACGCAUAUUAAACAACACAAUUGAUAUUAUAGAAAAAUGCUUUUUAGAAAAUGGUUUACUGUUGCAAAGACUACAAGAGCACAACGAUGUAAAUUCAUCGCCAAUAAUAACUUUAGUUGAGGAGGCGGAUAUAGUUCAUUCGUAUUUGCUACCAGAGAUCAUUUCGAAUUUCCGUGUUAGAAUCGAAACACAGUCUCUUGAUGAUACACAAGUCCGCGAAUCCCUUGAACAAUGGAUCAUUGAUAUCAGACGCAUUGCGGCAACGCAACUCAAGCAACUUUUUGAUUACGUCUCAACAAUGAGUGUAAUCAAAGAGAUAAAAAUAGAAGCUAAUUCUUACAAAAAUUAUUUCAAAUUUGAUCAAGUCGUCAAAAGGCUAAAACUCACGCAAACACUGGAUUUUUUCGAACAGAAAUAUAUACCACUUAUUAAUCAGCGCAUUCACGACAUUAUCCACGAUAAUUGGGCAAAAGCGAUGCAAACAACAUUUGAAUCAUUGGAACAAUCAUUAACAGAUAUAAAUUUGAGUUCACUAGAUAUUUGGUAUGAAAAUAUUAAUGAUCUUCCAUCAAGUUUAGAAGUAGCUUUAAGUGAUGAUACUAAAAUUAAAAAAAUGCUAAUGAAAACAAAAGGAUAUGAUAGCGACAUAAUAUCACUUUGCGCUGAAUUCGAUGAGAAAUUGAAAAGUAUCAUAUCUGAAAUGAACGUUCUUCUUGAAGAGCAAGCAACACGCGCAGAAGACAAACUUUCAUUGAUUGUUUUUUUGAGAGAGACUUCUGAAGCACAACUAACACAUUUUCUAAGUCGCGUAAAAAGCCUUCACUUAGUUCCGACGCAGCGUAGUGAACUUUUAUUUGUAGCACGUUGCUUUGCAGCUCUCCUUGAACUCUGCCCCAACUUGAAAACCUGCUUCUGUCAAAGAGGAAAUUGGCGUCAGUGGGUGGGAAAUGUUACCGCUAAUAGUAUUGAACAUUGGAAUAGAGUCUGUAUGUUAAUUGAAGAAGAAACAUUAAUUUUUUGGCAACAAAUUGUUAAAGGCAUUUUACAAGAGAGCAAUUGUGAAUGGAAUAUCCCAAGUUCUAUUACAAAUGAAAACAUUCUAGAAGAAUUUGCUAACUGGGAAACUGUUGAAAUUGAUCAAAAGGAUGAGUCAGAAUCCACCAUACAUUCUACCUUUCGCAUUCCCAAUCAACCACGUAUCUCACUACAAACGUAUCUUUUCACAUUAGUACACAUGUUGAAUUCGAAUGUACCACAAACUUUACCAACUAAAGUACUCCACUACUACAACGUGAAUAUGUUGGCACAAAUCCUGCAGCAAUAUCAAAAAAUCCUAACCGAUAAUAUAUCAAGCAACCAAAAUAUUGCAUUACAACUGUAUUUCGAUUUAAAAUUUUUACAAACUAUAUUUGCCGUUACUAGAGAUGACAAACAGUUGAAUGAUCAAUUCUCUGCAUUGCAAGGCACAUGCAAGAGCUUCAUUGAUCCAUUUGAUUUCGAAUUAUUUUCUGAACCUAUAUCAACUAAUGUCAAAAGAUCGAUAGCUCGGUACCAUUGUCAGUUUGGUGUACUGACUCCACCUUUCCCAGCACACAUGGCUCCUAAAGGAUCUGCGAAUCUGGUACACGAGAAAGAUCCAAAUGUUUUGUGUUUAAGUUCAAUUGGCUCAUCAACUGCAUGGUUUCCCCUACUACCCAUUGUAACUCCAGCAUCCGUCGAAUAUUCGGAGCGUAAAAACGUUGUUGAGAACAGUGAAAAGCCUGCUUCGACAGCGGCGCAUAAAGCGAGCUCGUUAACUUCAACUGUGACCAAUACAGGAGGGAAAGUUAAGUUCGAUUCCAAAACUAAAUCAGGAGCUGCCUCUUUCUUUGGGGCGAUGUCACAAGAUUGGUUUCGCUAGUUAAGGGGGUUGUGCUAACAACUCGGACAUUACGACUCUUACGCUUUGCAGAACAUUUCUUAUUUAUAACAAUAGAACAUCAUAAAUAAAUUUAAUCAAUAAGUUUAGCAUAACGUCUCGUAAUGAUUUAAAAAAAUGGUCCUUUGCCGAGUUAUGAAAAAAUUUCAAGGAAAUGCGUACACAUAAAACGAAAGUUUUGCAUUAAUAUAAAAUGGUAGUUGAAAUAAAGUUUAGGCGGAUAGUGGCUGAAUACUCAGUGCCUUGAUGCAGGCUAAAUAUUCAGUGGCAAUGAUGGACUUCCACCUAGGUUUAGGAAGCAAAAAUUUUUGAAUGUUAAAAUUUUAGAGCCGGAAAAAUAUACCAAAAUUAUAUUCUGAAA